GUUUCUUUACCAAACAUAUUUGGUUCCAAGAAGACACGUCAGUACUACAGUGAUUCCGAAACCUUCGUGAAGAGCAACGUUCCACUCCGAGAUGACGAUGAUGUUUUCUUACUUGAUCUCAGGCCUGAUUGGAUUUCUUUUCUUUUCCUCAACUGUCGAUGCUACAGCCCGGGAAACCAUGGAAGUGAAAGUCUUCGAUCCCACCCUCAGUAUGUCAGAUCAGAAGAUGCUGGAAAGGUUAAAGGAGGUAGACCUGGAGAGUCACGGCUACAAAGUAGAAAAAACCACAAAGUUAGUGAAGGAACCUGGAAGUGGCACGUCAGUUUACAAGAAGUCCGUCUUGUACUACAAGGUAGUAGACUGUUCACGGUUGCGAGAGAUUGACCAAGAACUGCAGACUUUACUGCCAGACAUAUUUAGACAGGACUUGGUGCAGAAGAUCAACUCGGAAAUCACGAGCAAAGAUUUGACCAAAAUGAAGCAAUGCCGGGUGGGACUGCAGGUUCAUUUCAAGCAGGGCUGCUCUGACCAGAAGAAAAAUGUUCGCCGCCGUAAGCGUGGCUGCUUUAUUUGUUUAUUCUGCUGGAAUGCCAAGUUAGCAAACUAAGAGAAGAUUCUCGGACUCUUCGUCUCAAAAGGUGUUAAGGGGAUAAUAGACAGCCGUAAAGCGAUGUUGUUUAAUUAGCUUUUUCGGUCUAAAACAAAAUCUGUCUCGACCACACUAGUACUGCCAUUGUUGACGAUUUUUAAGUUGUGCUUUGUCAUGGUUUUUUUUUUCUUGUGUUCUAGGACAGAUUUAGUUAUAGAGAUUCGAAAAUGUUGCUGCCAGGGUUGAAAGCUUUAAUAAACGCUGAUUUAAAACAUACCUGCUUGCUUUUUGAUAUUUUUCGGGAAGGAGAGGGA